GAGAGAGAGCGAGAGAGAGAGCGAGAGAGAGAGCGAGAGAGAGAGCGAGAGAGAGAGAAAGAGAGAGAGCGAGAGAGAGAGAGAAAGAGAGAGAGCGAGAGAGAGAGCGAGAUAUGUCACAUACAUCUCCAAUCCCAGAGCCUUGAAAAGAGGAAAAAAAGAAGACAGCAACUUGGAAACUGAUUAGAAACAAAACUGACUGGAAAACGACUGACGGGCAAGCACACACAGAGGCAAAGAGAAAGAACUGCCGUUUCUGCCAUGAAGGGGCUGAAAAUAUAAGCUGCACAAUUACUUCUACAUAUGAACCCUCGAUUUCGAAAAAGGGAAGAUAACGCAUACGGAAUGACCACUUCUAACUUCACUGGUGUACUCUUAAACACGUCCUUCACUCUGCCUACGAACUCAGAACUCAACCAGUCAUGUUCUUUAGAGGAAGAAUCCCUGCAAGUGCCUUUUGCCAUCUUCUACUCCCUCCUCUUCUUGUUUGGCCUGUUGGGUAACAUUCUAGCCCUGUGGGUCUUCUUCUUCCUGCACUCCCGCCGCAACUCUGUCCGGGUCUUCCUCAUCAACGUAGCCCUGGCUGACCUUGUACUGGUGGCCUGCCUACCCUUUCGCAUCCUCUACCACAUGCUGGGCAACCACUGGCCACUGGGCCCACGCAUGUGCAAGGUGGUGGGCAACCUCUUCUACAUGAACAUGUAUGUGAGCAUCACACUGCUUGGCCUCAUCAGCCUAGACCGCUACAUAAAGAUACAAGGGGUACGGGUGGCCUGCUGCCGCCGUUUGCUGAAGGGCAGCAACUGGAGCAUAGCAGUGUGUGGAAUUUUGUGGGUGUUCUCUCUGGUGGCUGUGGUGCCCAUGAUCGCUCUAGCUGAGGGCAAUGAGGAGCAGGGAAAGUGCUUCCAGUAUAAGACACGCACAAAUGCCCGGGGCAAGGCCUACUUCAACCUCCUCCUGGUGGCUGUCUUCUGGAUGGUGUUCUUGCUGCUGGUGGUUUCAUACGGGCGGAUUGCCUGGCGCCUACUGCGGGCAUCUCGUGACAAACCAGACCUGCCCAACGCUACACGCUACAGUCGUACAGCUAAAAAGUCCUUUGUGGUGCUGUUUCUGUUCACCAUCUGCUUCGUGCCCUACCAUUCCUUCAGGGGUUUCUACAUCCAGUCCCAGCUCAGCGAGACAUCCUGCGAAACGCGCCGCCUCAUAGAUCGAACCAAUGAGGUCAUGCUACUUUUUUCGGCACUCAACAGCUGCCUAGACCCAGUCAUGUACUUCAUGCUCUCAGGCUCGGUGCGCAAGGCCACAGUUAAAGCCGUGUCCCAGGUGUUCUGUGUGAGGCAUGACACCACCACGAUCAUCAACAGUUCUACCACAGAGUUACGCAGGACAUCUAUGUCUCAGGCCUCCACCACUGUGCUGGCUACGCCCCGCGGGAGUAUAGGGCUCAUCACCACCCUCCGAUCUCAAACCCUCCAUCCAAAGGACAUGCCUUGAGAUUGCUUCACAACAAAAAGGAAAUAGCAAAGAAAUGAUUAUGCUUCACUGGGAUUUUGUAAUAUCUUGUAAUCAGAUGGAUGGUGGUGGGAGAUGUUUCAUGGCAAAGUAAGACAUAUGCUCAUAUAUACACAUGAAGAAAUUCAACAUCUCUUGCUGAAAAUUCAUUGAAUGAGUGUUUUUCAGGAAGUCAGUACCAGCUGUGGACACUUGCCAAAUAAGUUACCUAACACAGCAGAUCACAGAUCAAGACUCUCACAUAUCCAAAUGACUAUUGUAUACUAUAAGGAACAUUAUUGAUUUUUUUUUUCUGGGACGUUUCCGUUUUCUUAUAAUCGAGGAUCAAAUCUAGUUCCAGUUCAUUCUAAAAUGCUUGAUAUACACAUUCCUAUGAGCAGACACAUAAACUGAAUCCUGUACUAAUGCACCCAAUAUUAAAAGGUCUUUCUUCUAUGGUUUAAACUAAGGGGCCGACUAACUAUAAUAAUCAUGAACUUAUAUUACCAAAAACAAACAAGCUGAUGAAAUGACUGGAGUAUAACGAAGGGCAACUAAAAGGUCUGUAUUCUAAAGUUCUAUUUACUAGUCAUUACUAGCCCAAGUAAAAAAUAUUCAUGACUGACCAGCUUUGCCUAUAUAUACCAGCGGCUCUCAAGAGCUGUCAGCGUCCACCACAACCUGCUAUGUAUUUGCACACCCAUGUGUGAUUUCCUUGCACGGUUGUGCACACUCUCUCUGUCUUACUGCUUAUAGCCAUUUCUUUAAGGUGUUAAAGCAGUUAUAACAUACUGCUACAGACAGCAGAAAAAAUGGUCACUAUAUUUGGUCACAGCACUAUAUUUAGCUGCAUGCUUACUUUUUUUUUUUUAGUAAGUCUGUUUAGCACAACCAAUUGCUAAUAGGAACUGUUGUGUAUUGACAAUGAAAACAAAACUAAAUGAA